GUAUCUUUUAUUAGAUAUUUGUAUUCUCUUUUUCUAAGCUACCGACAAAGAUCUGAUCCUGAAACACAGAAUUGUUUAUUACUUUUGAUACAAAGAAAAAUGGAAAGCAAUAUGUCUGACACGUUGUUAAGACUAAACGAAAGCCUCGUACAAAUGGAGAAAAGACGAGCUGUGGACGGUGAAAACAUGGAUCAAUUCUUUCUGAUUGUCAUGGGAUUUAUAAUUUACCUAAUGCAGGCUGGGUUUGCGUUUUUAGAGGCAGGAGCAGUGAGGAGCAAGAAUACGGUUAAUAUACUUAUCAAGAAUGCUCUCGACUCUUUUUUUGGAGGAGUGUCAUACUGGCUGAUUGGCUACGCUCUUGCGUUUGGGAAGGGCAACUCGUUCCUAGGAUACACCUACUUUGCUCAUAGUGGCCUACCAGACAAUAUGUAUGCUCAUUGGUUCUUCCAGUUUGUAUUUGCCGCCACGGCGGCUACCAUUGUGUCAGGAGCUGUCGCAGAAAGAUGUGAUUUCACCGCCUACCUUAUUUACAGUACCUUAGUUACCGGUUUUAUUUACCCAGUAGUAACACACUGGGCUUGGUCUGAUGAGGGAUGGCUUGUAAAUGGAGACACAUAUGAGAUAGACGGGGAAAUUGUUACUAUUGGAUACAACGAUUUUGCAGGAAGCGGGGUUGUGCACAUGGUAGGUGGUAUUGUUGCAUUUGUCGGGGCUUGGGCUCUUGGUCCACGUAUAGGAAGGUUUGAUAACCGUACUGGAGAACCCCUUGAAAUCAGAGGACACUCAAUUCCGUUUGCUUCUCUUGGUGGUUUUAUCCUUGUAUUUGGGUUCUUUGCUUUUAACGGAUCUUCCCAGGGUUCAAUCUCAGCGGAAGGAGAUGGCGCUGCAAUCGCCGUUGCUGUCGUGAACACAGUAUUGGCAGCAAGUGGCGGUGCUUUUACAACAUUGAUUAUGAAUAAGAUUAAAUACUUCGGUGACAAGAAAUGGAGUUUUCUGACAACGUUAAACGGUUGCCUUACUGGAAUGGUAGCAAUAUGUGCAGGCUGUAACCAGUUUCAAUCCUACAUGGGUUUUGUUAUUGGUAUAUUUGGCGGUGUUUCAUACAUGAUAUUUACAUGGCUCGUUGUAAAACUGAAAGUUGAUGAUCCCCUUGAUGCCACUGCCGGUAACUACAUGUAUCGGGACUUUUUGGUGGUGUUGAUGUCCAUUUUUUCCAAUGAUUUGGGAAAUUUUAUACAAAUGGGCCUGCGGUCUGCUUACCAUUUAGGAUGGCAGCUAGCCGGUCUUUGUGCGAUAUUUGUGUGGUCAGCCAUUCUCAGUAUCAUCUUAUUCUUCACUCUCAAGAAAACAAAAAUGCUCCGUGUUUCUUUUGAAUAUGAGAUGAAAGGUUUGGACAUACCAAAACACGGAGAAACCGCGUAUCCAGCGGAGGCGUACGGUCAUGGUUGGGGAGAAAAGGGCGACACUUUAGCUGGUCUGGCGAAAACAGCAAUCGCAUCUAGUACAGUAACAGCCAUCAAUGAAGAUGUUUCGAUGAGAUUACCACAAAAAGCAAGCCCUGGAGAGAGUCCUGAAGUUGAUGCCAUGAAUAACAAAAAUGGUCACGUGAACAAGUCAUUUACUGGAUCAUCAACACAAUUAUAAAUUGAAAAUUCAGAAGUUGUAUAUAUGUACAUGAGUAUUUCAAAUACGAAGUAAAUGACAAAAAGCCUUUAAAUUCCUUAUGGAUGCCAUUAAAUAAUCUUACAAAUAUUUUACUUACAUUGUACACAUGUAUAUUGAAUAUUGUUUUUAUAUAAUAUUUUUAUCUUCAGUUAUAUUUUAAUAUUUGUUAUAUCACAUUUUGAUAUCUUAUACUUGAAGCUGAUAUUUUAUAUAUGUUUUAUAGAUAGAUUUUCAGCGUUUACUGUCAUUCGAAAGCACAUUUCUUUUCAUCUGUUCAAUAUCUUUAAGUGAUUGUCAAAUAUAUACGCCACUAAUCUGAUACUGUCCUCAUCUUUACUAAGUAACCCUUCACUUGCUUUUACUAAAUUUGUCGAUUAUAAACAUUGAAAGGGUCAAUAUUUUGUACAAUGUAUCAUAUAUUUUAAAGAAAACAUUCCUUGUAUAUCAUAUAAUGUUUUCUCUCAUUUUAGUCAUAUUUUGUGUAU